AUGUGAUGUUGUUGAGCCCAGCAGCAGCAACAGCAGCAGCAGAAACACUCAGUGUGGAUCAGUGUGUUUGGAAUAAAAUAUAUUAAAGAAAUGUGCACUGACCCUCAAACAGAUCCCGUAUAACUUGAAAGCUUGAUCGAAUCCAGGCACUUGGUAGAGCCGACCUUUUUUCUAAAAACAUUUGUGUUGUCCUCUCCUCCUAAAACUCCUGGCUAACUUACCUGAGCUCGUGUUAGCUCGAUAGUACCACAUCCACCCAGGCUGGAGCUCGGGCGCAGCAGCAGCGGCGGAGCCUCCGAGCCGACCAUCAUUUCCGACAGCCCGUAUGGAUUUGACGUCGGAAUACAUUGUUGCUUGAUGUUUCUAAAAGAGGCUAAUUAUAGAGGAUUUUGAGGAUGGGGAAACAUUGGGACCUGGAACACUUUCUAAAGUGAGUACUUCUUGAGACAACCAUCGACUUAAUUUUGAGUUUAUCGAGGUAAAACCGCCUUCCACUUCACAAAACAUCACUAGCUAGCUUGCUAGUAACGCCGGGUACUGAGGCUCUUAUAACUGGUUCAACAAAACAACAAAACGUCUAGGUAUACCAAAGCUCUGAUAUUGGAUUAACAAAUGAGUCCGCGUUCCAAUUAAUUCGAGAAAGGUGAUUUUUUACGUCUCCAAACAUUUCUGACACAUCAAAGAUCGAUAUAGUAGCCCAGAAGUUAACCGCAAUGUUAGCCUGCUUGGUGCUAACUCCAGUGCAACGGUUAGCUAACUUAGCUAGUGUUGAUGCAAGUGGAGCUUGUCAGGUAGUUGUUAUUUUAAUUUAUUUAUUUUUAUCUAUUUUAUUCAAUCUGUCCCGUAGCUUCACAUGACAUUAAAUUUCACACACCUCCCAGCACAUUGCUAUUUUCUCGACAAUAAAACAACAUGAAGUGUACAUGGCACAACAUGAGCUCUCCUUAUCUUUAAAGAUGGCCCACUCUCUCUUAGCGUUAGCUCAGCCCAGUUAGCUCAAUGUUAGCCUCUUCAUAUCCUUUAUAUACCAGCCGCGCAGUGAAAUAGCUCAGUAAAUGUCAUCUCACAUGUGUGUUCGUACACAAAGAUGUCGUAUCGCAAGACGUGUGCGCAAAUUCUACCAAAGUAACUCACAAAAUGCGUCAGUCUGCAUCUACAUCUGCUCGUUUUCAUAGUUGGUCAUGUAAAAACAUCCUUUUAAAGGCCAUGUUUUGGCUGCAUCAAGUCCUCCCGCUCAGGCCAUGCUUUAUUCGGUUUGCUUGUUGGAUUCAAACAAGUCUCUGCGUGUUUUAACCAAAGUAUUGAUGUGUGCUUUCACACUUAUCUUCUUCUUCUGAGGGACAGCCUUUGUUUUCACCAGGCCACUCGCCUGCCUCUAUACUUGUCUAAUAAUGAGAUGCAUGUUCUCUCUACUCGCCCUGCAUCCAUCUUUUUCAUCUGUUACCGACCACGAUAGUUCUAUUUUUAACCCACACGGCAACGUAAUCUUUCGCUUUUGUUGUGGCUAUUUUAAAAAAAGAGAGCAGGGGAGAGUAAAAGACCACUCUAUGGAGGAAAAUGGAAACCUUUGUCUUUGAGCGGACACAAUUUGGCAACUGGUUUCUGUGCCACAUUGCAGCGAUAGAUAACAGGGAUCCCAGACAGAAACGCCUGUAGAACUAGUUAUUACCAAACGGUAUAUAGCUUUUUUAAGCCACAACACAGUGUAGAUAGAAACGACAUGUCACCAGACCUUCUAUGUCUUGCAGUGUAUUGUAUUAAAACAAAGGUGUAAUCUUGUAUGUGCAGGUUAGACCUCAGGUGUCACUGAUGUCAGGUUAAUAAACUUGCUGACAGACUGACUGUAUGCUGUUUUGGCUGUGAGAAACCGGCUUCAUUAUAACUCUGUCUUGACUUUUCUCUUCAGGUGUGGCGUCACUUUGGAGGGCUCAUUUCUCUGAUUUGGAUUAUUCUUGGCCAGCAGCAUCUUCAGGCCUACUAAUCCUUAAGGAGUUUCUAAAUGGACUCUCUGCUCAAAUCUGAGAUCAGGUACAACUUUCAGUGUCUGUUUUGUUUGGUGUAAUUUGACAUUCAUCCUGACAUGAUUAUAGUCACCAAACAAGUGUAGCUUGUGCUGCCAGUCGAGGCCUAGUAACACAUGAUUGUUUGUGCUCUUUUAGUUACCAGACAUUUGGCGUAAACAUUUUGGGUCUCAUGUUUGCACUUCUAAGAUAUCUGAUAGUCUUUAAGCUCCAGAGGUCUACUUAGCAUUAAGUGUAAUAUAGCCACAAAAACCAUUGAAUCAAAAGAAAUAGUUUAAUCCUUUUCACUACCAAUUCAUUACGGUGACAUUUUUACUAAAAUAAAAUGUCUCAACCUUUUUGUCUCAAUGCUUUUUAUUUGAGGCUUGAGGUUUCAGGUUUUUACUAUAAGCUGGUUGUUAAGGCUCCUCCACAGCAGAAUUUCUCUGCAGAAAUGUCUUCUUUUGAAGGUCACAGAGGAAGGGAAAAAUUAAAUCCUGUAGGCUUUUAUGACCUAAUUAUUAUCCCGCACCCAUAUUGAGCCAAGCUGAAGGAAUCCACACUCUAAAAUGGGUCAAAAGAAUGAACAAAUACAUGUUAUUCACCUUCAUUACAUAUUGAAUUUUUUCAUCUUUGCUCUUUCCUUUGUGAUUGACUCUCAGCUUUUUAGUUGACUCUCUUGUUGGAAAGGUUUCCAGUUUUUUGUUGUUUUGUAUCAUUUUGUUAUUGAAUGAUUAUCACCAUCAUUGUCAUUUGUUAUUCUGUGGUUCACAGUUGUGUUCUGUGGGUUGUAUUGUGAAAGUUUAAGCCACAACUGUAAAGCCUGCAUAGUGUGGAGUAAUAAUCCAGAGUACUUGACCUAACCUAUGCUUUAUUACUACCAGAUAAAAAGGGAUUUAUGAAUCAAGUAGAAAAUUAAAAGCAAUCGCUUUAGAUUGUGACUUGGUAGAACAUUAGAUAAGGCUUUAAGCUACACUACAAACAUUAGAUGUCUUUUAACAGAGUAUAGAUUGAUACAUUUUUAGAAAUGACUUCAAAAGAAAAUGGUUACGAUUUUCGAUCAUGUUUGUUUUUCUUGAAUUGUCUCUCUUUUUGGGGCAGUGUACCAAAAAUAAGAAUGUAAUAACAGGUAGAAAGGCAAAUCGAAAAUCAUUACCAUUACUCAAGAACUUUAAUUAUAAAAGCACCCAGAUAAUGAUCGUCUCAUUAGGAUUACAUUACAGAUUGUGUUUUUUAUAUCUUCAAAAUUAUAGUUGAAGAGGCGGAUCAUAAAAUUUCACUUAACUUUUCUGUUUCUUCUCAGAUGAAAAAUGCAUUCAUUAUUUUGUCGCUCGGUUGACUUUGUCACAUAAUUGGUUGAUGCAGCUUUGAAUGAACAAUCAAUAUGCUAAUGAACACAGUCAUAAGUGGUGCUUUCCCUUGUUUAUCUGACAAUCAGAUCAAUUACAUUAGCAUCAGUGUGUGUCAGUAUUUAUAUGAUAAUGUUUGAUAAUUGUUCAUUAUCCCCACAAACCCUUCAGACAGUGGAAAAUACUAACAGAAAACAUGCAAACUGAGUUUUAAGAAUUUGGGGAAAGGGGAGUUAGGCAGUACACACCGAAAAGAGCACAACUGGCCCUACAAAAGAUGUUUGGAUCUUGAAGGUUGUGUUGAGGAAAUCUGUCAUUUAUCCUCUUAUGGUUCCAUGUAGUGUCACAUGAACUAUGUAAAUUGAUGUCUUUCUUUUCUCCCCUUUUACUGCUGCGUGUAACUACAGAGAGGAGGGGAGUGGUGCCUCUGUAAGUAUCAAAAAAAUCGAUUUUUAUUGUAUUAGUUCAGUUUUGGUAUAUAACAACUGCUGUUUUAAGUUCUUGAUUAAAAACAGGUGAAAGAUUAAUUUGAGUCCUCUCUUAUAUUGUAGGUGAAGGUGGAGGGCCUAUCAAAGGCAGCGCUAAUUAAAAGCCUGUCACCCAGAGUCGUGUUGUCGAACCAUCUCCUGCCUAAAGGGACCAAAAUGAAGGUCAACCUGGAGGAUCAGGGUCGUCAGAAAGUGUCCUUCAGUUUAGCACAGACCAAGAAGCCACUGCAGAGCCUCUUCUUCAUCCCCCCCAGCCCUGAAAAGCCUGUGGCUGAACCUCCCUCUGCCUUGCCGACCUCAGACCGAGGAGGGCAGACUACAGACAGCAAAACUGAGCAAAAGCAGAAACCCACGGUGCCAACAUCAACAGCAGAGACGCUUUCUCAAACACCACUCUCUUCAGCUACUAGACUGAAAAUUGACUUAGCAAAGAUGCAUUACAAGAAGCAAAUUCUCAGUGUCUCUGUGACAGAAGAGAAGCCGACUUCUGCCGCACCAAGUGAGCCACAUUCUGCCGGCUUGCAGGUCACGCAGAAAUCAACAAGCACGAGUGAACCUACAUUUCCGACACCCCAGCCUCAUAAUGCCAUUAGUGUCUGCCCUUCUGAAAAUGCUUACACUGAAACCUCUGAGACAAAAGUCACCCCAAACCUCAAGAAGCAAGUUGCGUCCUCAGGAAAAGAUGGAGACAGUUCUAGCAGUACUGAGCAGGACAGUAAAGUAAACAGAAGGAAAACCAGGUCUCAAUCUGAUAGUGCACCUCCUGGCUCAGAAUCUGAUGGAGAUUCUGCCCAGAUGUCUUCCAGUCACAGAUCAGUUGACUCUAAAAGUAAAACAAACUCUGAGAGCAGAAGCAAGGAGGUAAAAAAGUCUUCCUCUGGAUCACAUGUGGAGGAAAAAGAAAAAAGUUCCUCAAGGCGUUCAGAGAAUCACGAAAGGUCUUCAAGUUACUCCAAAUCAGACAGAGAUUCCAGACACACAUCAUCACGCUCAUCUAGAUCUGACAAAGACCGUAGAAGGUCAAGGUCCAGGUCACGAUCUAGAUCCAGAGGGUCCCGAACAAGCUCAUCUCACUCCAGAUCAGAAAGAUCUCGUGGCGACAGAGGAUCCCGAUCAGAAAGGUCGUACUAUCAUGAUUCUGAUCGUAGAUCACACAGAAGUUCUCCACGCAGAGAAAGGAGACGUUCUCGAUCUCGCACUGACAGACCUCGGGACAGUUCAGACUCAGAGGAUGACCACAGGAAGACCAGGACAAGGAUGAGUGACUCUGGUAGAUCAUCUGCACAUACAAGCUCACAUAAGGAGUCCAAAUCAUCCUCCUACUCAAAAUCAGAAAAAGUCUCUAAAUCAUCAGAUUCUCCCCAUUCCUCAGAGUUGGAUAAAAAACAACAACCGUCAAAGUCUGAAAGGACCUCAAGCAAGCGACCGCCAGACUCAGAUUCUCAGCGCAAGUGCUCACCAGACCAGGACUCUAGUUACCGCAAAUCCAGCUCCCAUCAUAAGUCUGAGACCAACAGCAAAUCCUCUUCUUCCAGUACGCACACCCACUUUCAAUCAUACGAGAAACGCCAAAAAAGUAGCUCAAGUGACUCCGACGCGGAUCAUAAAGGAAAAUCACAGAUCCCUGAAAAAAGCCCUGGCUCGGAGGAGAAAUGUUCAAACUACCAAAAGAAAAGCAGUAGGUCAGACUCAAAGCAGACGACACCUCCGAGAUCAUCUGUGAAAAACAGCGGACAGGACAGACAAUCAACUAACGCAUUUCAAAGUCCUGUCAAAGCACCGUCGACUGCAAACACCACAGAAACAUGUCUUUUAAGUAAAAAAGAGAGAUUGGAUUCCCAACAAGAUGGAAAGGAACAAAGUAAUCAAGAUUUUAAAGAGAUUGUCUCAUGCACUGAUAAAAGUCUACAAGAUCUGUCAUCCAAGAGAAUAGAAACAAAACCAAGUCUUGAAGUGAAUACAGAAAAUGCCUCAGCUAUAUCCUUGGGUGCCUCCAGUGAAAGCCAGAAGCAUGUGAACGCCUGCCUGGAAGACUUGACUAAAGUGAAGGAUAGCUCUUCUCCUGAUAACCAACAACAUGUGAAAACAUUUGCAGCUGUAACAAACUCAUUAUGUAGUAAAGAAAGUGUCAUGUGCAGCCAGGACAUGAAAGUUGUCGACUGUCUACCGGGGCCACAGUCCUUACUUCUCACACAUGAUGCCCAGCAGAACACUAAAGCAGAGGUCGUGGAGCUGAAAACGGCUUUAACAGUCAACAAGCAGUGCGGCACAAGUGUGGCACUUCAAUCGGAUUUAGCACGCCUUGAAUCUGAGGAUCAGCUGUCUCUCCAAAAGCAAAAUACAGACACCUUUAAAAGGAGCAGCAGUGGCACCAAAAAGUCCAGAUGGGAUAUCGUUGGGCAGGACAACUUAGAGAACGAGCAUUUACAAAGGACGCUUAGUGCAGAAAUUAAACCCUCUGUUAAAAAAGUGAUCUCCGUCAAAAAGAUAGAGCUUUCGGUAGAAAACAGCCAACAAGAUGCUGACGUGACAGAUAUUAAUCAGCAAGACAAUGAAACACAUUCCAAAGUGGUGAGGCAGACAGAGAUCUGUAAGCAGGAAGUGGACUCCGACAGCACAUCUAUGGUUGAUGUAUACAAAAACCAAAGUGAGCCUUCACAAGCAAGCACCAGCACUGACCACUGUGACUUAGAGAAAACGAACACAGACGAGCCUCUGCAUGUCAACGACGCAACACAGGUCCAAAAAGCUUCAAGCAUGCAGAGCUGGAACGGAGACGGUUGUGAAGAAAAUCCCAAGAUCAGCGCUCACAAAAGCAGAACGAGUAAAAGGACGUCGCUCAGUCGGGAUGCGUCAGGAGGACAGAGCGAGGCCAGUGACAGCGACAACUCAGAGUACGACUCGGAUUGUGGCGAGGCUAUUAAACGAUUGCACUCUGUGGUGGUGGUGCCAAAGAAUUCUACUCUAACAAUGGACGGCCAGGACACAGCGGCUUCCCCGUGCACUCCAGUAAAUAGCUUAGAAAUUCAGCGGCCCGAUUUCGCAGAUAACCUGGAUAUGAGUGAAGUCCCCGAACAAAGACAGGGGAGUCCCUUUACUGCAUCUGUGGAAACCAGUGGUCCAUGUGUCGGUGUGAACAAGCCAUUCAGUAACAGCAUGUUGUGUCAAUCCCAGAGUAACAUGGUUGAUAGCACCAGUCACAUAGAGGGUUCCAGCUCCAUCAGUGCGCAGCCUCACAUCAGUCUCCACGGAAACACCACAGAUCUUACCCCAAAUCUUGAUAACUCAAGGCAGUACGAGGGACACGAGCAGCAGGAUGUACUCAGUCGAAGUGAAAAGGUGUUCUCCCAUUACAGGCACGAUGAUUUCUCCGGUGCAGAUCAUAUCAAUGACAGGAAUGGUUUUAGUCUGGGUUGGGAUUUUUCACAGCCAGAGCAGCCUAGUAGUACAUACCAGCAGCCUGAUAGCAGUCAUGGGCCUCAGUUAUCGAACACUAAACUCACAGGAACCCCUCCCACAGAGCAGGGGCACAUGCAGAGCAAUGCUUCCUGGAACCAUGAAUCCACAAGUAUGUAUAUGAGCCGAAAGCCCUACCACCCUGUUCAUCAGGAUCCUGCUGGUGAAAUCCAUCCUGACUCCCUAACAAAUGACCACGAUGACUACGGCAGGGAUAAACUAACCAAUCUUAGUAAAAUGUCUGCUGAGUGCAGUGGGAUGAACACGCCGGGGUCAUCAAGCUUUGUGCAAGGCCAUGAAAUAAGCAGCAACAGCAGGGGCUCCACAGUGCCUGACCCCCCUAGGGAUGACAUUUUCAGACCCCACAGAGGCCGCGGCCCUCCCAAGAAGAGGCGUCCAGAGAUCGAGUCCGAUUCAGACAAUGAGGCAGAGGCUGGGCCUGCUGGCAAGAGGGAGCGGACAGGAGAUGUUGAAAUCUCCAAGGAUAGUAAUAUCAAAGCGGAGGUUCAGCGCCCGUCACUCACUCUGCAAGACUUUCAAGAUGCCAACAGAUGGAAAGAGCACGCCAGGUCCAAGAAGAUGCCCCCCUACUUUGAUUUGAUUGAGGAAAACCUGUAUCUGACUGAGAGGUAGGAUGUUGUUAAGGCUGAUUCACAAAGAGUUAACACUGUGAGUUGUUUUUAGCUUGAGCAUUAAAAGAUUUUUUUUUCCUUUGCAGAAAAAAGAGCAAAUCUCAUCGAGACAUAAAGAGAAUGCAAUGCGAGUGCCCGGUGCUGCCCAGAGAGGAGCGAUCAAGAGGAGUUUUAGCAUGUGGGGAAGACUGUUUGAACCGGCUGCUGAUGAUUGAGUGGUGAGUUAUUAUUAAUUAAUUGGUGAGUGGUGAGAUAAAACUUACAGCACAGGAACGGCACAUUUUUACCCACGUUUACAAGGUUUCCGGGCAACUUCUUUUGAUUGGAAACAGAACUUUUGUUAAUCCUCAAAUAGGAACCAUCAAGUACAAAGGAGUGUGUUUUUGGUUUUGCCUUUUUUUUCUUUUUUUAAUCUGAACAAGCUGCUAGUAGCUAUUCGCUAGCUCACUAUAGAGAGUAAGCUGGUUAUAAACUUGGAAAUCUGUGUCGCAUGUGUCACGUCAUCGUGGCAGAGCUCAUUAUGUAUGUGGAUAGAAUCAAACUCUGUCAUGAUGUGGAUGCACUAUCAGUCAUUUAAAGUACACAGCCCAGACCAAUAAUUGGAAGUUGACCUUAAUUUAACAAUAAAGUAUGUCAUCCUGGCCAAAAAAAGGAUCCCGGCCACUAAAUAAAUACGUCUUCAGUUAAGUAGACUGUUUUUCAGAUGGGGAUUUACAAUGAUUAGAUUUACCAACAUACUUUUGAAACUUCCUCAGCAGUAUGAAGCAUGAUAACAAUCUGCUGUUUUCCUUUUAAAACCUGCAAAUUCAGAGUGUUGAACUUGUGGAAAAUAUAAAUUAACACCUUUAGAAUAAAAAGAGUAUUUGUAUUUGUGCUUCUUUACAGCUCCUCACGGUGUCUCAAUGGAGCCUACUGCUCUAAUAGACGCUUUCAGAUGAAACAACACGCAGAUUUCGACGUGAUCCUUACCGAAGACAAGGGCUGGGGACUCAGGGCAGCGAAAGACCUGAUCGCGUAAGAUUUUCAAAAGCUUUGAGCACUGCAAUAAAAAACUGUAUUUGCAGAAAUUUUUAUUUAAAAAUAAUUCUGGGUUAUUUUACCAGGUUAAUACCUCAGUUUUCUUCCAGUAGAAGACUUUGUGGCGAAUAUGCUCCCAGUAUGCAACCCUUGUGAAGCAGUUAAUUUUUCUUAUUACAAUUAAUGAUGACAUUUCCAUUUCAGAAACACGUUUGUAUUGGAGUACUGUGGGGAGGUAUUAGACCAUAAAGAGUUCAAAACCAGGGUAAAGGAAUAUGCUCGCAACAAGAACAUCCACUACUACUUCAUGUCUCUAAAAAACAAUGAGGUAAGUGAUUACAUCACGAGUCAUAACUGCUGUUUGAAUGGCUCGAUGGUCGGUUUACAUUGGUUUGUCUUUUUAGAUCAUCGAUGCAACACUGAAGGGGAAUUGCUCUCGGUUCAUGAACCAUAGCUGUGAGCCCAAUUGUGAGACCCAAAAGGUAAAGUGGAAAAAGAAAGGAAAUCAUUCACACUGUUUUUGGUUGAUCUCUUUGAAAGCUUUAAAACCUGACCAAGACUUUUCCCCCCUCUCUAGUGGACUGUCAAUGGCCAGCUUAGAGUUGGGUUCUUCACUACCAAGGCUGUCACUGCAGGAACUGAGCUGACGUUUGAUUACCAGUUCCAGAGAUAUGGGUACAGUUUGUCAUCAUUUUUCUUUUUCUUUUACAUUCUGAACAGAGUUUCUGCUGGAAACAUUUCAAACAGCAGUAUAUGUUCAAAUAAACAGGGUUACAAUGAGCAGCUAUAUCAGACCUUCCUUUUUAGAAAAGCUUUUCCAGGCUGAUUUUUUAUUCUGACUGUUGUUCUUUUUAUUGGUUGUUUUUACGAUUGCCUUUUACUGUUGUUCUUUUUAUUUGUUGUUUUUACUGUUGCCUUUUACUGUGUGCACUUUAAUGUCAUAAAAUUAUUUUUAUUAUUAUCAUUAUUUUUGUAUUGAUGUUUUGGCUAUAAUGAUAUCGCCUUUGUUUGGUCUUUUUUUUUUUCUGCAGCAAAGAGGCACAGAAAUGCUUCUGUGGGGCACCCAGCUGUAGAGGCUUCCUGGGUGGAGAGAAUAGAGUUAGUGUUCGGGCAGCUGGAGGGAAAAUGAAGAAAGACCGCAGUCGAAAGAGUGCUCUUACCACGGUCAGUUCUUACAGCCAUGUUUCCAAGUAUGUCUUGUCAUUUGUUCACACCCAACAGGGAGUGAAGUGAACAUAGGAGCCACAAAAACUAAAGAAACAAACUGAAAAACACAAAUGAUCAGGGUUUCUACAGCCAAAGAGACAUCUAACGUUCUAAUGUUUAUGUACAUGUAACACAGUCUCUCACCAGCUUCAUAAGAACGGUGUAAUGUUUAAUGAUGUCAUGAUUUUGCCCUCCUUCAGGUUGACGAGGAGCUGGAAGCGUUACUUGAGAACGGAGACGGUCUUUAUGAUGAGAAACAGGUGGUGUCUCUCUGCAGACUGAUGGUGCGAGUGGAAACCAUGGAGCAAAAACUCAUCUGCCUUAAGCUCAUACAAGUAAAAAUUUUAGGCUUUUUUUCCUCCUACUUGGUAUUUGUCAUCAUUGUUUGCAGACCGUGAUAAGGUGUUUUUGUGUUUUACAGAAUACCCAAAAUUCAUUAUGCCUAAAGCACUUCCUAGACCAUCAUGGACUGUCUUUGCUGUGGAUCUUCAUGGGGGAGAUCUCUGAAGCUAAAGGGAACAGCACCAAUAACAUCAAACUGCAAUUAGAGGUAAUAGAAGUAAAACGUUUUUACAUUACAACACCCACAAUGAGUUUACAUUCCACUGAAUAAGAUCUUGAGAGCUAUAUUUUCUUCCCUGAUAAUUCAUCAUUCUCUUCACAGAUCAUGAAGACCUUGGCUGUGCUGCCUAUAUCCACCAAGAAUAUGCUUGAGGAGAGCAAAGUCUUGACUUUCAUCCAGCGAUGGGCCCAGACUAAAGGUCUCCCUCAGCCAGCAGAGAUGGACGGUUACUCCAGCGAGAACACUUCCCGUGCUCAAACCCCCCUCAACACUCCUGAUGGUUUCUCCAACAAAAUGGGACCCGAAUUGGAAGGAGACCCUUCAAAGCCUGCUGUGUACCGCCGCCUUAAAAUCAUCAGUGAAAACAGCCUUGAUAGCGCCUUAUCUGACGCUAGCAAAGCUUCUAACGGGAAAGAGGAAGAUGAAGAAGAUGAUGAUGAGGAAGAAGAUGAAUCCUCCCAUGAAGGCAAGCAGGUGAAGGCAGACCAGUGUGAGGCUGUAGAUCCGGCAAAAGAAAUGAUGGAAGAGUCUGUACAAGAGGAGAAACAGGAAGAAGGGGAUGUGGGUUUAAGCGGUCAGCAUCAAACUCAAAGCGGUGAGGUUGAACAAAAUAUGGAGGUGGACUCAGAGAAGGAAACUGAAGUGAAAGAGGACAGCAGCAAGGAUCAGACCAAUGAACUUGUGGAACAAGAAGAGCCGAGUGAAAAACAGGAGAGUGUGGAGGAGCAGACCGGUCAGGUAGUGGCAGAAAAAGCUGAACUGGAGGGAGAGCAGUCUCUCUUUAAAGUUGAGGAGCCAGAGAAAGACUCUGCUGUUCCAGAUGUAACUGAUCCUCCACCUGAGCAGCCCUUAGAGAAUGAAGAAAUUCAGACAGACGAACAAGAGGCUCAGAAUCCUCCUCCUCCACCUCCCCCUCCUCCUCCACCUCCACCUGAGAGUGAGGCAAAACCCGGUGAAUCCCCCACUGAUGCUGCUCCAAGCUCUGAAACCACUGAAGUGACUAUACCCCCAGAGGUCACAGCGCCACCUGUGGACCCCUCAGUGAUAGGAACUCCCUCUCAGGAUGAGGAGGAAGGUGUCUCGGAUGUGGAGAGUGACAGGAGUCAGGAGACCCAACUCAGUGCUCUGGACAUAAGUGGCAUGGCUGCCCGGCUUCUAGACAGCUGGAAGGAUCUGAAGGUGAGCUCAAAAACGGCAAACUCUAAAGACUUAAUUAAACGUGCUCUUAAUAAUCUUUAUAAUCUGAUAAUCUGCUUUUGUCAUUUCAGGAAGUGUACAGAAUACCAAAGAAGAAAGAGGUGGAAAAGGAAACAAACGGUAAAUUCAGUCAAGAAUAAUUUUGUGGAUUAUUAUUUUCUAGUUCGACUGUAUCUGAUCAGAGUUGUUUUACAGAUCGCAGCCGAGAUCGAGACGCAGCUCUGACUCCGCGCAGAACUUCUGGAAGCAGAGAACGUGAAAGGGAGCGGGAGAAGGAGAGGGAACGGGACAGAGACCGGGAUUAUGACAGAGACAGAGAUCGAGACUGGGACAGAGAGAGAGACCGGGACCGAGAACGUGAGCGGGACAGAGACCGCGACCGAGGCUCUGAGAAAACUCCACGCAGCUCUGAAAGACGGAGGAGACGCUCAACAUCACCACCACUCUUAUCCUACGAGAGGAGCCGACGCACUGAGGAGCGGUAAGAAGGCCUCUGAUAGUAGGGAUCAUUUUGUAAGAGUGGUUAAAGCACAGCGUUUGUUAAUGGUACUGUUGUGUGUGGUUGUCUUGUGUUUUUUUAGGUUUGAUUCAUCAAACAGCAACAAGACACCGAGGGGAGUCGGUGGCAAGGAACGCAACAAACUGUCAACAGAGGAGCGCAGGAAACUGUUCGAGCAGGAGGUCGCUCAGCGUGAAGCCCAGAAACAGCAACAGCUGCAGCAGCAACAGCAGCAGCAGCUUCAGACUCUGGCUUACGACCCUUCCCUCGCCUAUGCCUCCAGCCCAGGCUUCAUCACCUACCCUCCAGGAUAUCCCAUCCAGACCUUUGUCGAUCCCUCCAACCCCAAUGCAGGCAAAGUCCUGCUGCCCACCCCUGCAGUUGAGCCCACUAUGAACUAUGAACAGACCCCUCCUCAACGUCUUAUCUCAGACCUCGGACUUACCUCUCCAUCCUCCACUUCCCAGACCACCCCGGUUUCUAAUCUCUCUCAGCAUAUCACUACCGCUAACCUCACCACCACAGACACCCAACAGUACGCUCAGCCAACUGUAGGAGCCCAGGAUGCAGGUGUGGCUGUUCUCUCUGUGCCGGCCCAGGCGGCCGCUCAGGUGCAGGGCCAGCAGAGUUACACCACCCUCUGGGAUCCCACCACUCAGCAGGCAGUUACGGUGCAGACACAGCCCGCGCAGCAAUAUGCCACAGCUCCAGCCCAGGCUCAGACACAGACAGCCAUCUACUACCAGGGUCAGCCAUGCCAAACCAUCUACAGCAUUCCCACUGCAUACCCUCAGGCAACCACCCCUGUUAUACAGGUAGGGCACCAAAGGGUUAGAACUGAUAUGAUACAGAUCAAAUGCAUGUCAGGUUUGAUUAAAUUUUAUAACAUCUAAUAUGAUUUUUUUUAAUGUGUUUCUAAAGGCGUACACUGAACCUACAGCCAGCUACCUGCACGGCCAGCCUUUGUAUCCUGGUCAUCAGCAGGGAGUGGUGGUGCAGCAGGGAGGCACAGUCACCACCAUUGUUACAUCCCAAACUGUACAACAGGUAACACAUGCACAAACUGACCUGUUUCUACAGCUUAUGAAAAUGUUAUUCACAUGAGUGAGAGAGGAAGGACGCUGAUAUUACUGUGAAGUCAUGCAGGUUUUACAAAAAAAAACCUGUCUUUUACGGUACACUUAUUACCAGGUGAUUAACAGGUAAUUACCUAGUAACACACCCUACAGUUUUGAUAUAUUUUUUUUUUUAGCAAGACAAUGUUCUCUGUCCAGUAGUUUGUUCUUACUGCAGGCACAGCAGUUCAGAUAAAAUAUGCCGAGCUCCUCCUGUCAUCUAAAUGCUUCUGAAUCAAAUGCAAAAUACAUAACAUGUCAAUACUGUCUAGCUACCAGGUAGGUAACCUUCCAUCAUCAUACAAAUUUGAAGCUGAAUUGCUCUGUAGUAUUUCCAGGAUUUUCUCUGCUUCCUGGAACCACCACUUGCGCAGUAGCAUUGUACGCAUUCGGCGGAUGAGUCGCUGUGAUAAUGCUCGUCUCAAACAGCGUAUCGCUACGCAAUCUUCGCACACCCAUAGGCUGUAUCAAGUGUCUAUCAUAGAAAGUAAGAACCCCAAAUAGCUUUUGAAAAUGGAGCUGCACAUAAAAAAAGAAAAAAAGAAAAACUGGACAGUAUUGACUGAGUAGUUAUCAUGUAAUUACCAGAUAAUAUCAUGUUGUUACUAGGUAAUUACCUGUUAAUAAGUGUACCGUAAAAGAAAGGGUUUUUUUUUUUUAGUCAUUUUAAUGAAGAAUGUGUGUUGUGCUUCUUUGGUUUUGAGAAAGUCCUUUUCCGUGGUGUGGCCACAAGGGGGUGUUACAUAUCUGAAUGACUCCACUCUUGAGCUGCAGUUGGUUGGUCUGGUGACAAAGUGUCAUUUUAAGAUGUGUUUGAACUGAGAACAAACAAAGGAAAUGGCUUAAUGGGAUCCAUGUGUUGAGGAAAACUAAAUGCAAUCAUGUUUGACUUUGAAAUGGGUUUUUUUUAACUUGUUUUAAAGAGUCAACGUCUUUCAGGUCCAGUUCGAGGUACUAAAGCCACAUGGAUUUUCUGCUAAUACUUAAUUUCUGUUUCUUCUUCUCUGCAGGAAAUGAUUGUUCCCAACAAUGUGAUAGACCUGCCCCCUCCCUCUCCCCCCAAACCUAAAACUAUCGUCCUACCUCCUAACUGGAAAGUCGCUCGGGACCCUGAGGGCAAGAUUUACUACUACCACAUUGUGACAAGGUUAGUAAUACUCUGUGUGUGUGUGUAGAAAGUGUUCUGACCUUUAGAAACCCCCUGUAUGCAUGAUUUCUUUCUCUUCUGUGCAUCAGGCAAACACAGUGGGAUCCCCCAACAUGGGAAGGAAGUAGCGACAACACCAGUGUGGACCAUGAGUCUGAGAUGGACCUGGGAACGCCCACCUACGAUGAGAAUCCUUCCAAGGUGAGCUCAUUUCUAAAGUGUUUAUGAAAGCGUAAACAUAUGCUCAGCAUUAAGAAUUUGAGAGAGAAAGAAGGGAUGUUCCUUCUGUGAGAAAUGAAGGGGAGAAAGCAUCCUCUUCACUUCUUCCCAGAAAGUUUUUGCUCGGAUGAAAAACAUGAUUACAGUGUUUGUUUCUCGAGGUAAUUGAAGAUGCUGCAGCAGUGAUUACUUUCAGCUGUGUCUUAGAGAAUGAAAAGAAAACUCUCAGCAGGACACCAUAUUUACCGAGUGUUAUGACCUCACCAAUGACUCCUCCUCCUCCUCGUGAAAUGGCUUCAUCAGAAUCUGCAUGGAGACAAAGAAUUAAAGCGAGAAUCCACUCACCCAACCCCCUGCUCAGCUGUCUGUCCCUCCGCCUCAAGGCCAAAGGCGAGGGAUGGCUCAGCUCAUCUCUUCUUCCUCCUCUGCCUCGUUUGUUUUCCCCUCUUCGUUUUUACCCUGACUUUCAGGAUAAUGGAAACCAUCUGGGAGAGCCGGCAUUCAUUUAACUGUGGUUUCUUUUAUAUUGGUGGAAAAACACAAGUGUCCCUUUAGUCUUUUUUUUUUCACAAGAAGGAACAAAGUGGAAAAAGGACUAAGAACUGAGUAGGAGAGUGCAUGCGUUUCAUGUAAUGUGUCCCACCAAGAACAGCUACACAGUCAUGGACCAUUUCUCAUUAUGUAUUUAUACUGCGGUGGUGUUCGCAUUCAGCAUCUUAAAAAAAACAAACAUACUUGUAAAGAAUCGGAGAGCACUGUUUGUGGAUUGCUGGCGCGACAUGCGUUCGUGUGAAUUGGCCUUGUUUGCUCUUGAUCUUCAGCGCUCUUGUGGGUACGGGCUGUCGACUGUUGUCUGCCUGCCUAUUUUGUUGAAGGCUGGGGCUGGACAGGCAGCAUCCUGCCAGGAUAUCCCUGCUUUGUGUCAUGUGGCAAGUGAGCAGGUGCUGGUUUAUGCCCCUCUGACCUUGGUAGCUACUGUUCUGCUGCCAGUUGCCAUGUUUGAUUGAACUUGAUGCACAGGUGGGCGCUGAAUGAAGUGACAUUAGAAAUUACUCCACUGUGUUGUGUCAAAAAGAGACGGUCGAACUGUGAUCCUCUCCAGCAGAGUAGUCUGACAAAGACAGGGAUUUGAGUGGAGUGAGCUCGAGGCAGGUCGCAGUGGUAAAAGCAAGAGUUUGAGAUCUGCAAACAAGAAUGCUGACUAUUUUAUUUUUGUCUUUUGUGCUUUUGUCGCAGUUCUCCACUAAGACAGCAGAGGCAGACACUUCAAGUGAACUGGCUAAGAAGAGUAAAGAGACAUUUCGCAAAGAGGUGAGUCCAAAGAGUCAACAUUCAAACGUUCUUAUGUUCAAAGCUCCACACCGGUACUUAUAUGGUAGUUAAUGCCUUCACACGUUUUGUGCAGGUGUUCAUUUGUCAUUUUUUUAACAAGUCUUAAUAUGUGUGUGUGCGUGUGUUCCUCAGAUGUCCCAGUUCAUCGUGACUUGUCUAAAUCCCUAUCGAAAGCCAGACUGCAAACUUGGACGCAUCAGCAACACAGAAGACUUCAAACAUCUGGCUAGAAAGGUAAUUUUAAACUCCGAGAUGUUUAGAAAGUUUGAAACUCCAUCAAUGCUGGAAACUUUAGCUCCAUACUUUCGACUUCUCUGAUCAGAGCAAAACCAAAGCAUCGUUCAGCUUUUGACUUGACAGGAUUUUCUAAAGUUUUCCUCAAACUGUUGAGCUUUUGCAGUUUCUAUCGCCAGUCCGUUUGUUUCGACUUGUGCCCUUGGAAGACUAAAAGUACGUUUUACAUGUAAACGAUCAUCUCAAUCUUUUUCCUUCUCGUGCGUUUGUCUUAUUUCAUUCUCAAAGUAUUUUUCUAAAAAGCCCCUUCAAAGGAGAGAUUUUUGUUUUUCCACUGUGCUGGUGGACCAUCGACUUGUUUAUGUUGGGAGUGGUUGCACUGAAAGCCACUUGAACAUACCAGGGCAGUGAGGACAUUGGCGCAAUUAACAUUUCGUUGUUAGGUUGUAUUGUCUCAAAUGAAAUGAGGAAAAUGUCUCCAAAACUUGUCGAUUUUGCAUAAACAGUAUAUUUCCAUCAGAAUUGACAGUUUUCUUUCCCCUCAUCUCUGCCCGCUCUUCUAGCUAACUCAUGGAGUCAUGAACAAGGAGCUAAAGGCCUGCAAGAACCCUGAGGACCUUGAGUGUAACGAGAAUGUGAAGCACAAGACCAAGGAGUACAUCAAGAAGUACAUGCAGCGAUUUGGCUCUGUAUACAGACCGAAAGAGGACACAGAGGUGUACUAGCAUUAAUGGCCACAGUUGCUCUGAGCUAACACAGGCCAAGCACAGAUCUGCCUUUCCAUUCACUCCUUCUUGUAAGAACUGGCCAGCCUGACAGUGGAGAAGUUUCUUACUUCUCCUCUCUGACUAAAAAUUGGACUGCUGCCACCCAAGAAGCUCUCCAGGUUUCUGGAUAGAGGAGGAGGAGGAGGAGGAGGAGGAGGAGCCGCUCUCUGGAGACUAUAGGAAGCAUGAGUGGCCCCAAGCAACCUUAAACUCCAGGUCUGGUGAGUGCAGUGCUAUCCGAGGAUGACCCUGAGGAGUGCGACAGAGACUCAUGUUUUCACUGACUGUUUGAUUUUAAGCAUUUCUGUUUCCAUUGGUGGCUCUUAAAUGUUCCUGAGAUGAUCAACUCGAUUCCACUUUUUAAUCUCUUCUAGCCCUGAACAAGGAUUGCCCUUCUGAAUCAACUUUUUUUGGUAUCUUAUUUAUCAGUCAGUUCGUUCUUCUUACUGGUAAAAUGAAUCCACAACCGGAAAGUUUGGUCCUUCCUCCUUUUUUCACUUCCUUUUUUUUUUCUUGUGCACGCUUCAGCCUCCCGCCCCCCCGUUACUGACUCUGUAUCUGGUGCUGCUUUUAACCGGGCUGUGGAGGUCCAAGCUUCCACUCCUCACCCUGCCUUCUCAACCACAAGACUUUGGAGCCUCUGUUGUUUUAUGAAUGCAUGAUGUAAGCUGGGGUCAGCGUGGUAUCCUUUAUGGAAAUUCCUACUUUUUCCCAUGUCUCCUGCUUUCGCUAAAACCCUCCCCGAGACGGAGGGCUUUCACUCAUAGCACACACACAAGGAUCAGCCAAUAACCAGCAGAUUGGCAAUGGCAUUAAGAAGUGAUUUUUCCAUGUCUUUUAUCAAUUUGUGUAUAAUAACGGGAGCAGGGUUUUGAAUGCUUUGUUUGAUGUGCUGUUUAGCUUUGUAUCCAUUUUUCCCCUGUUUCCUGUUCAACCCUUCCCCCCCUAACUCAAUACACCCGGGUUUUGUCGUCUUCUUACAGGAAUAAUGUUGAGCAUUGCAGUUUUAACAGUUUCUAAACACCUUGUGAGUUCUCUGAUCAUUUCUAUGUUCUAGUGAGACUGUAGAGACCCUUAGGCUGGCCUUGCUACACUCAUUCAUUUCCAGGAUUUCUAUGAUUGUUGAGGUAGAUUCAUUGGCAUUAGGUCACAGUUUGUUGCAGCCUAUCAAAUUGCAGUAAAUAAGUUCCAACCUAUGUACAUUGCUUUAUGUGAAUAUAUUGAAUAAUAGUUUUGGGAAUGUUUAAAUAAGCAGACACUUUGUAAAAGGACUAUCAUUUCAUGAUUGAAAGUGUAAAUAGUGUGUGAAACUACCAAAGCUGUACACAGGAGAAUAGGGUCAGGGAGCACAACAAGCCCACCCAUCCUCACCAGCUCAGCACUCCUGAUGCAGCUCCCACAUCACAGUCAAACUUAGGUUGCAGCUGACUCACAGCCCUCUAUUUUAUUUUAUUGGUGGGGGAGACUAUGCUAUGUUUCUCUUUUUGUUUCUGUUUGUUUUUGUUUAUUAUUAUAUUUCUAUGUACAAAGUAAGUUUCACCCUACUCUAUUGUAAGUAUUGUGUAAGCACAUUGUCAUACUGAGUGUACAAACAUUUUAAAGAUAAUAAACUUUUGUAAAAUUAACUAGCCAAGGACUUUUGUCUCUGAAGCACUGAAAUAGAUCACAAGUUCAAACCAACAAGACUCUACCAUGAGCGUACGCUUUGCAACAGUGGCAAAGAAAAACUUCCUUUCAACAGGCAGAAAGAAAAUAGGCCAAGAACACAAAAGAGAGAGAGAGAGAGAGAGAUGGAUACAGACCAAUAGGAGGCGUGCAUAUACCGCAGCACAGACGAAAGCGAUUUUUAAGCCAACAGUAGUAAAAUUUUACAAAUAGCAUUGUAACUGUAAAAAUCAUGAUCCGGCUGAUGAUAUCUGCAGCAGUGCAAGUCAGGCAUUGCUGCAGCGGAUUCAUCUUCCCCUGCCACGCUCUUGGUUUUAGUUUACUUGGGUGUAAGUCGAAGAGACAGAAACCGAUCUUAGAAAAUGCAACAUGAUUAAGUGCUGAGUGCACGCCCAGUCCCUUUUUUAGUCAGCCUCCCUCCCUCUCUAAUCGGGCUGAAAUCAGGAUGAAUGCCACUGCAGUUCUGAGGCACGCUGUUCAGCCAGAUGUUUGCUGCAAGUCAAGAAAAUCAGAGUGAUCGACCGCCUUCAUUGGAGUCGUUCAUGGUUCUCUAAAUAUAAUGGGAAUAGUGAUGAGUGUAGAGGUGCUGCAGUGCUUCCCUUCUCUCUCGUCCGUCCCAACCCCCCUCCCAGUGUGCGCACAUUCCGCAACCCCAUGCCUGUGUGCUCCAGACCGCAGUUAAGCAGUCCCGUCUGGAGUAUGUGACGGCAUGUAACACUGCCUUAGGCCUUCUGAGAUGCCUGCUACCACUUAGGACUAAACGCAAAGAGAUCAUUAACAGAUUUGAGUGCAGGGCAGAGCAGAAAAGGAGCAGGAAUCAGAUUGUACCUCAGAGAGAAAGAGGAAACUUUUCUCUAAAAUAUUUAAGAAGAGGCUGUUCUUUUCAUUUAUCCUCAAAUUAUUAAAUACCUCUUAACAGAUUUCCCCUCAGGGUUUUGGACAGGAAAUGUUCUUAUACACUCAAUCCCCUGAUAAGGGGUAGUGUGUUACAAAUAUGGCGAGUAAGGGCGUUUGUAAUCCAUCAAGUAGGUUCACAUAACUGUGAGUGACAGGCACAUCUGAAGACUGUGGACUUCGUUGACGUUGACAUUAAUUUUCUUGUUUACAAAAAUACUUUCCAUU